AUGGCUGGUGGUGUUGUCGUCGAGGGCACGACCGAUGUCGCCCGCACCGAGGCCCCCGUCACCUUCAAGGCGUACCUCAUCUGCGCCUUUGCUGCCUUUGGUGGUAUCUUUUUCGGAUAUGACACUGGUUGGAUGAGUGGUGUCAUGGCCAUGCCAUACUUCAUCAGCCUCUACACCGGUCACCAGUACGACUAUGGCGCCGCAGCUCCCAUUGGCAUCGACGCCGACCACUUUGUCCUCCCCACUUCUCAGCAGUCCCUGUUCACCUCCAUGUUGUCCUGCGGUACCUUUUUUGGAGCCUUGAUUGGUGGUGAUAUUGCUGAUUUCAUCGGUCGUCGCCCCACCAUCAUCGCUGGUUGUUUCGUCUUCGUUGUCGGUUGCAUCAUGCAGAUUGCUUCCACAAACCAAGAGGUUCUGUUCGUCUUUGGCCGUCUUAUUGCUGGUGGUGGUGUUGGUUUCAUCUCGGCUGUUGUCAUUCUCUACAUGUCCGAGAUUGCUCCCAAAAAGGUUCGUGGUGCCAUGGUUUCUGGCUACCAGUUCUGCAUCACCAUUGGUAUCUUGAUCGCGAACUGCGUCGUCUACGCCACUCAAGGUCGCGCAGACAGUGGCUCGUACCGUAUCCCCAUUGGUGUCCAGUUCUUGUGGUCCAUCAUCCUGGCCAUUGGUUUGUUCAUUCUUCCCGAAUCGCCCCGUUUCUACGUCAAGAAGGGCAAGAUCGAGGAAGCCGCCAAGGCUCUUGCCUAUGUCCGUGGUCAGCCCCAGGACUCGCAAUACAUCAAGGAUGAGCUCGCUGAAAUCGUGGCCAACAACGAGUAUGAGCUCCAGGUCAUUCCCCAGACCAGCUACGUUGGCUCCUGGUUGGCCUGCUUCAAGGGCUCCCUCAGCCAGGGCAACAGCCCCAUCCGCCGCACCAUUCUUGGUACCGGUAUGCAAAUGAUGCAGCAGUUGACUGGUAUCAACUUCAUCUUCUACUUUGGUCCCGUUUUCUUCAAGCAGCUCGGCACAAUCUCCAACGUCUUCUUGAUCUCCAUGAUCACCACCCUCGUCAACUGCUUGUCCACUCCUAUCUCCUUCUUCCUCAUUGAGAAGCUCGGUCGUCGUGCACUGCUCAUUGGCGGAGGCUCCGGCAUGAUCAUUUCGCAGUUCAUUGUCGGUGCUAUCGGUGUCACCCAGGGCACAGUCGAGGCCAACAACACCUCGGCUGUCAGCGCCAUGAUUGCCUUUAUCUGCAUCAACAUUUCCUUCUUUGCCGUCACGUGGGGUCCCACAGCCUGGGUUAUUGUCGGCGAGAUCUUCCCUCUCCCCAUUCGAUCUCGUGGUGUUGGUGUCUCUACCGCCUCCAACUGGUUCUGGAACACCAUCAUUGCCGUCAUCACCCCAUACUUGGUCGGUGAUGACAAGGCCGCCCUUGGCCCCAAGGUCUUCUUCCUCUGGGGUUCGCUCUGCUGCCUCAGCGUCACCUUUGCCUACUUCCUCGUUCCUGAACUCAAGGGUCUCUCGCUCGAGCAAGCCGAUCAGCUCAUGAACGAAGUUUCCCCUCGCAAGUCAGCUGGCUGGAAGCCGACUGAGACCUUUGCCGCCAAGAUGCACCACGUCCACGGUGACGAGAAGACCGAGACUCACGUUGCUGAGCAGCAGGUCUAG